UAACGACCAAUAAACCCUAACAAAGCUGACUUCCGUUUCUGCUGACAAACUAAAGCUUGGAACUUUGAAGAGUUUAUUAGCCGGAUUGCUGAUUCUUCAAUUUCCAGUCUCUUUCCUUCACCUUCUCUGCUUCCAAACGAAGAACAAUAUAGUGUAGGAUUAUAUUGUUCGUUAAAAGAAAUGAAUUAUAGAUUCCAAAAUUUGCUAGGAGCUCCCUACAGAGGAGGCAACGCUAUAAUCACCCAAAAUACCCAAUUAAUCUCUCCGGUUGGUAAUCGUGUUUCCAUCACUGACCUUGUAAAAUCCCAAACCAUAACCCUUCCUGUCCAAUCAUCCUCUAACAUCCGCCGUCUCGCUGCCUCCCCCGACGGCACCUUUCUUCUUACUGUUGACGAGAACAACCGCUGCCAUUUCAUUAAUAUACCACGCCGCGUGGUCCUCCACCGUAUAACUUUCAAAAAACCCGUAAAUGCCAUCAGGUUUAGCCCCGACGGCAAGUUCAUUGCGGUUGCCACAGGAAAAUUGGUCCAAAUAUGGAGGUCCCCGGGGUUCAAGAAGGAAUAUUUCGCCUUCGAAUUGGUUAGGACUCUUGCGGACUGCGAGGACACGGUUACGGCUUUGGAUUGGAAUUUAGAUUGUAAGUAUUUGUUAGUAGGGUCCAAGGACUUGACUGCGAGACUUUUUUGUGUUGAGAAAUUGCAGGAAGGGAUUUUGAAUAAGCCUUUUUUGUUUUUGGGGCAUAGAGAUGCAGUUGUUGGGUGUUUCUUUGGUUUUGAUAAGAAAACGAAAAAUGUUGAUAAGGUUUAUACAAUUGCCCGUGAUGGUUAUAUUUUUAGCUGGAGUUAUAAUGGCAAUGAUGAUAAAUUCAGCGAUGACGAUGAGCAAGAUUCAGAGCCACCCUCUCCAGGGACACCAGAGCGUGAUGGCAAAGGGAAUUUGGAUAGUGGAAGCCAGAGUAACCUGAAAAAAAGAAAGGAUUUUGAUGGGAAGGAUGGUAAUUUGGGUGUAAAAGAGGGUUAUUUGCAUAAAGGGAAAUGGGAAUUGCUAAGGAAAGAUGGGUUUAUGCAAUCUCAAACAAAAUUGACUGCUUGUGAUUACCAUAGCUUGCUUGAUAUGGUGGUAGUAGGGUUUUCUAAUGGUGUCUUUGGGUUAUACCAAAUGCCAGAUUUUGUUUGCAUUCAUCUGUUGUCAAUUUCGAGGGAAAAGAUUACUACUGCUGUGUUUAAUGAGACCGGGAAUUGGUUAACAUUUGGAUGUGCAAAGUUAGGGCAACUGCUUGUGUGGGAAUGGCGGUCAGAGAGUUAUAUAUUGAAGCAACAAGGGCAUUACUUUGAUGUGAAUUGCUUGGCUUAUUCACCAGAUUCACAAUUAUUGGCUACUGGGGCAGAUGAUAACAAAGUGAAGGUGUGGACUGUUUCAUCAGGCUUUUGUUUUGUAACAUUCUCAGAGCACACUAAUGCAGUUACUGCACUCCAUUUUAUGGCUAAUAACCAUUGUCUUUUGAGUGCAUCAUUGGAUGGGACAGUUCGUGCAUGGGAUUUAUUUCGCUAUCGAAAUUUUAGGACAUUUACCACCCCUUCUUCAAGGCAGUUUGUUUCUUUAGCAGCAGACCAAAGUGGUGAAGUAAUUUGUGCAGGAACUUUGGAUUCUUUUGAGAUAUUUGUUUGGUCAAUGAAGACCGGCCGUUUGUUGGAUGUCCUUAGUGGACAUGAAGGCCCUGUGCAUGGAUUGAUGUUUUCUUCUACAAAUGCAGUGUUAGCUUCAUCAUCAUGGGACAAAACUGUUCGCUUGUGGGAUGUUUUUGAAGGAAAAGGUGCUGUUGAAACAUUUUCUCAUACGCAUGAUGUUCUUACGGUAGUUUAUCGCCCAGAUGGCAGGCAAUUGGCUUGCAGCACCUUAGAUGGGCAGAUUCAUUUCUGGGACCCUAUCAAUGGCUUGUUAAUGUACACCAUUGAGGGCCGUAGGGAUAUUGCUGGAGGACGCCUCAUGACUGAUCGUAGAUCAGCUGCUAAUUCAACUGCAGGAAAGUGCUUCACAACUUUAUGCUAUUCUGCAGAUGGAAGUUGCAUACUAGCUGGUGGAAGUAGCAAAUACAUCUGUAUGUAUGACGUUGCUGAUCAGGUUCUUUUGCGCCGUUUUCAGAUAACCCACAACCUCUCACUAGAUGGAGUGCUUGAUUUCUUGAACUCAAAGAAAAUGACAGAUGCUGGUCCACUUGAUUUAAUUGAUGAUAAUGACUCUGAUACAGAAGAAGGUGUUGAUAAACAAGUUCGCGGAAAGUUGGGUUAUGAUUUACCAGGGUCCAUGCCCAAUCGUGGAAGGCCUAUUAUUCGAACAAAAUGCCUGAGAAUUGCACCCACUGGUAGGAACUUUUCUGUGGCAACAACGGAAGGAGUUCUAGUUUAUUCAAUUGAUGAAUCUUUUAUCUUUGAUCCCACGGAUCUUGACAUAGAUGUUACACCAGAGGCAGUUGAUGAAGCACUAAAUGAGGAUCAACCAAACAGAGCUUUGAUUAUCAGCCUUCGCCUGAAUGAGGAUUCUCUAAUAAAGAAGUGCAUUUUUGCUGUCAACCCAUUAGAUAUACCAGUUGUCGCCUCCUCAGUCCCUUACAGAUAUCUACAAAGGUUAAUAGAGGCACUUGCUGAUCUUUUGGAAAGCUGUCCACACUUGGAGUUUAUACUUCGUUGGUGUCAGGAGCUAUGCAAAGCUCAUGGUAACUCUAUUCAACAGAAUUCCAGAAAUCUUCUUCCAUCUUUAAAAUCUUUGCAGAAGGCUAUUACCAGAAUGCAUCAGGACUUGUCAGAUACUUGUUCUUCUAAUGAAUAUAUGCUCCGAUAUUUAUGCUCUGCAAGCAAUAAGAAAUGAUGGACAUCACCUUAUUGGUUGAAGAGUUAACUUUAAAGCCUGGUUGUUAACAUAUGGUGUCUGGGUUCACGCGACAUAAGCCUUGACGAGCGAAAGGCUCUCACUUGUUGCUUCAAACUGCUCCCAAAUGUUGAAAUUCAUCGGGAAGCAUAUACGGCAAGCUCUUUCAUCUCGUUUUUUUUUUUAAUUUUUUUUAUUGCUUUUAUUGGCAAUCCUGAUGGAUCCAAAAAUGCAGUAAAAGUGAUUGUAAUUGGAAACAUUCAAAUUAUAAGCAUUCCUGUACGAUAUGCUGCUGUUUGUCUAUGAAAAUUUUGAUUGUA